AUGGAUGAGAAACCACUUAUUAAGAACACGAGUCAUACAAGGAUAGUAGUGCAGAGAUUGUUAUUGAUUCUACCAUUUGUACUCUGUGCAUUGACAUUUUUGAGAUACUCGAAGCAAACAGCAACAACAACAAGAGGAUGGCGUUACUUGAACCCACUUUACCAAUUUACAACUAUCGAGCGAGCUGAUCCAUAUAUUGCAAUUCAGGGCAAUGAUCCACUUCACGAUAAUCUUGGUCAGCCUACAUUGUACCCAUCUAAAGAGCAUUUGCAUGUUGGAUCAAAGGCAAUGGUUGCUAGUGAUGUACCACUCUGCUCUACAAUGGGAAAAGAUAUUUUGCUUCGAGGUGGCAAUGCUGCUGAUGCUGCAGUCACUGUAGCAUUGUGCAUUGGAUCUAUUAAUUCUCAUAGUUCGGGUAUAGGCGGUGGUGGCUUUAUCCUUAGUCGAAACCAUUUACGCACUAGAAAAGGAAAAGGAAAAGGAACUGAAAAAGGUCACGAGCGAGAGCUAGAGCUAGAAGAAGAAGAGGAAGUUUUGAGUAUCGAUGCCAGAGAAAUGGCACCUGAAAAAGCUUACAAGGAGAUGUACCAUGGCUCUUUUGUUUUGAGCAAGAUUGGUGGGUUGAGUGUUGCUAUUCCUGGAGAAUUGAAAGGACUUGAAGAAUUGUUCAAGCGUCACGGAAGUGGGAACUUGACUUGGAGUGAGUUGAUCCAGCCUGUUGUUGAACUCAAUCGCAAAGGGUGGAAAUGUUCCAAAGUGUUUGAAAAAGUUGUUAGUAUUGAAUACGACUUGGUUUUGUCAAAGGUUCCCAGCUUGAGAAAGACUUGGGAUUUUAUUUUCAAUAGCCAUGAUGAUGGUGAUGAUCAUGAUCGAUUGGUUAAGGAGGGAGAUUGGAUUACUAGACCCAAUUACGCUAAUACCUUGGAGUUGAUUGCUCAAAAUGGGAGUAGUGCAAUCUUUUAUGAUCCAGAGGGGCCAAUUGUGACAUCGCUUGUUGAGACAAUUGACAAGUGGGGCGGUAUUGUUACCAAAGAGGACUUUGCAAACUACAAGGUGAAUGUAGAAUCUCCCAUACAGUCCAAGUUGAAUGAGUAUUCUGUCUACACUAGUAAUGGAGUUUCUUCUGGUUUGGCAUUGGUUGCAGGUUUAAAUUUCUUCCACAAUGUGUCUACGGUUACUAAUAAUAAUAAUAAUGAUGAUGAUGAUGAUGACAAAGUGUUGUUCAAUCACAAGUUGAUUGAAAGUUAUAAAUGGUCAAGUUCGGUAAGAACACGAUUGGGCGAUUAUCAAGAGCGCUCAAAAGUCAUUGCCAAAUAUUCGCAGCACGAUUGGAUAAGUGAAUUGCAUGCUAAUCAAGGUUAUUCGGAUUCCACAACUUUUCCUUGGAGGCACUAUGAUCCCAAGUAUGAGCUUGUUGAGCCUCAAGGCACGUCGCAUUUCUCCAUUGUUGAUGAAAAUGAUAAUGCUGUUGGUAUGACUACUACAGUUAACUUGUUGUUUGGCUCAAUGGUGUAUGAUCCCAAUACAGGUAUUAUAUUAAACGACGAGAUGGAUGAUUUUUCACAGCCAAAUGCUAGCAAUGCGUUUAACCUUACUCCUUCAGUUUACAAUUUUGUCCAGCCUGGGAAACGGCCAUUAUCGUCGACUGCGCCUACAAUCAUCACCCAUAAUAAUACAACUGAUUUGGUUAUUGGUGCUGCUGGUGGUAGUAGAAUCACCAAUACUGUUUUGCAAGCGAUAAUCAGGCUUUAUUUUGCAAACUUUACUUUGCUCGAUGCCAUUGCUUAUCCCAGAUUGCAUCAUCAAUUGAUUCCCGAACACGUCAUGUGUGAAAACUUGACGAUUUUCAACAAUGAGUUUCCUGGUAUUUUUGAAAAGUUACUGGUUAAGAAGCAUACGUUUAUGGAGACUGGCUCGUUAACAGCAAUGAAUGGUAUAAAGAGAAUGAAAGAUGGCGUGUUACAUGGUGUUAGUGAUUUUUGGAGGAAAAGAGGUGAAGCUGAUGGAUAUUGA